AUGACGUCUUUGGCGGCCACCAUAGCGGCCGACAUCAAGUGUCAACAGCCGUUGGUAUCGCAGCUCAAGACUGGUUCCAUGAGUGCAGAUCAUAUGGCGAAGACUAGUGUCAACUGUACAUCCAUUGCCACCAAACCUCAGGACAAGAGUUGCGGCCAACAGAUGAAGACAAUCAACAAUAGAGUCGCGACGACGGCGGCGGCGGUGGUGGUCAACGACUCGGCCAACGAUACGAUAACUGGUCCCACAUUUAAAGCCAAUGGCAAUACAAACGGCCCGAAGACUAGUGGCCAUCAGUUGCUUAUGCGGCCGCCACGGGAGCCGAUUGUCAUCAAAGAGUUCAACGAACUGAUCCAGUGCUCGAUAUGCGAGGGCUAUCUCAUCGACGCCACUACUGUUAUCGAGUGUCUCCACUCAUUUUGCAAGACAUGUAUCAUCAGUCACUUGGACUCGAAUACGCCGAAGAGCCGCUUCUGUCCGCGCUGUGACCAACAGAUCCACAAAACCAAACCUAAGCUCAACAUUAGGAGCGAUCCGACACUGCAAGACAUUGUCUACAAACUGGUGCCCGGACUCUACAAAAACGAGAUGACCAGACGUAAGGAGUUCUACUCGCAUGAGAGCCAAAGUGCGGUCGGUUUGUCCAACGAAGAAAAGGGUGAGAUGUCUGGCGAACGGUUGAUAUUCACGCCCGAAGACGACAUAUCCCUGUCCAUCGAGUACUUCCCGCAAUACAUCUCACACUCGUUGCAGCCUUUCUCCAUGAAUCUGAGUAACGGUGCCCUCAAUUGUGUCAAAGGGCUGGACAUCGUGGCCAGUAAUGGCAGCGCCGAUACGGCCGCUAACAAAGCGACCGGCAGUGGUUGUGGUAGCGGUGAUGCGGCCACCGCUGGAACUACCGCUGCCGCUGAUGAUGACGAUAGCCAGCGGCGGUAUCUGCAGUGCAAGGGAGGUAUGCGUGUCGUGCACCUGAAGAAGUGGCUCCGGAAGAAGUACGAUCUCAAUGAUCACAUCGAUGUGGAGAUACUCUACAAACACGACCCGCUCAUCGAUGAUUACACCAUGAUCGAUUUGGCCUAUAUCUACUCUUGGAGACGG